GGUCUUGUGAUGCAGCCCGACUGCCGCCGGAGACAGCGCAGCCCCGAAAGGGCUCAGGCCGCGCCGGAGGCCACUCGACUGGGGCUGAGUUGUUCCUGGUCGCCCGCCCUUCCCCAGAUGACCCGGAGGUAGCAUAUUCCAGGAUCUGCAGCCCCCGCCUGGGGGGAUGGACCCACCCGAGCCAGAUGGACGAGAAAAACAAGAAAGCCGAGGAGAUGGCACUGAGCCUCACCCGGGCAGUGGCAGGUGGGGAUGAGCAGGCGGCCAUGCAGUGUGCCAUCUGGCUGGCAAAGCAAAAGAUACCUGUGAGUGUGCAACUGAAGCCCAAGGUCAUCCAAACACAGCACAUCAGGCUGUGGGUGAGCGUGGAGGAUGCGCACAUGCACACUGUCACCAUCUGGCUCACUGUGCGCCCUGACAUGACCGUGGCUUCCCUCAAGGACAUGGUAUUCCUGGACUACGGCUUCCCGCCAGCCCUGCAGAGGUGGGUGAUUGGGCAGCGGCUGACAAGAGACCAGGAAACCCUGCACUCCCAUGGGGUGCGGCGGGAUGGGGACAGUGCCUACCUCUACCUGUUGUCUGCCUGCAACACUUCGCUCAACCGCCAGGAGCUGCAAAGGGAGAGGCAGCUGCGGAUGCUGGAAGAUUUGGGCUUCAAGGAUCUCACACUGCAGCCUAGAGGUCCGCUGGAGCCAGCUGCCCUCAACCCCGGAGCGCCCCAGGAGCCAGGACGGGGUCUGCCGGAAGCCACGCCUGAGCCCCAGCCAGUGGGCUGGCAGUGUCCUGGGUGCACCUUCAUCAACAAGCCCACACGGCCAGGCUGCGAGAUGUGCUGCCGGGCACGGCCUGAGACCUACCAGGUCCCCGCCUCGUACCAGCCAGAUGAGGAGGAGCGAGCACGCCUGGCCGGCGAGGAGGAGGCCCUGCGCCAGUACCAGCAGCGGAAGCAGCAGCAGCAGGAGGGGAACUACCUGCAGCACGUCCAGCUGGAUCAGAGGAGCCUGGUGCUGAAUGCCGAGCCCACCGAGUGUCCGGUGUGCUACUCGGCGCUGGGGCCUGGCGAGGCCGUGGUGCUGCGGGAGUGUCUGCACGCCUUCUGCAGGGAGUGCCUGCAGGGCACCAUCCGCAACAGCCAGGAGGCGGAGGUCUCCUGCCCCUUCAUUGACAGCACCUACUCGUGCUCGGGAAAGCUGCUGGAGAGGGAGAUACGGGCGCUCCUGACCCCCGAGGAUUACCAGCGGUUUCUGGACCUCAGCGUCUCCAUUGCCGAAAACCGAAGCGCCCUCAGCUACCACUGCAAGACCCCCGACUGCAGAGGGUGGUGCUUCUUUGAGGACGACGUCAACGAGUUCACCUGCCCCGUGUGCUUGCACGUCAACUGCCUGCUCUGCAAGGCCAUCCACGAGAAGAUGAACUGCAAGGAAUACCAGGAUGACCUGGCGCUGCGGGCACAGAAUGACGUGGCCGCCCGGCAGACAACAGAGAUGCUGAAGGUGAUGCUGCAGCAGGGCGAGGCCAUGCACUGCCCACAGUGCCAGAUCGUGGUGCAGAAGAAGGACGGCUGCGACUGGAUCCGCUGCACCCUCUGUCGCACCGAGAUCUGCUGGGUCACCAAGGGCCCUCGCUGGGGCCCCGGGGGCCCAGGAGACACCAGUGGGGGCUGCCGCUGCCGGUUGAAUGGGAUCCCUUGCCACCCUAGCUGUCAGAACUGCCACUGA